GGGAAAAGUAAAUUGUUAACCAAAUAGACUUUUCAUUUCAUUUCAAUAAAAUUUUCCAUGAUUUAUGUACAAUCAUCCUUGGCCAGCUGCACAUGUAAUCCGAUUCCAAGAUGGCUCUCUGUUUUUUCAGUAGAAUCCUCUGCUUCCUGCUUCACUCUGCCCCCUUUCUUAGUUUAACUGUUGGGGCAGUUUAUGAUCACAUACUUUUCCCAAAUCAAACACUUGUUAUUGGGCAGACUCUGGUUUCUCAAAACCAUGUUUUUGAAAUGGGAUUUUUCUCACCUGGGAAGUCCUCAAAUAGAUUCUUGGGAAUAUGGUACAAGAGCACACCAGAUGUUGUAGCCUGGGUUGCAAAUAGAAACCAUCCCAUCACUGCCCACCAAGCAGCAUCUUUUAUGAUAUCUGGAAAUAGAAGUCUUGUUAUAAGCAGUGCCAAAAGCAUUAUCUGGUCAGUGAAUUCAUCAAGGACAUCAACAAACAUAAAUCCAGUUUUACAGCUGCUGGAUUCUGGAAACUUGGUUCUUGUAGAUAACAUGGUGGAAGAAGGCUACCUAUGGCAAAGUUUUGAUUAUCCAACUGAUACCUGCUUGCAGGGGAUGCAAUUUACCGAUGGUGCAGAUUCGGGUGUGGAGAAAUAUUUGAGAUCGUGGAGGAAUGCCGACGACCCUUCUCCUGGAGAUUACAUAUUGAGGAUCGAAAACAAGGGCUUGCCUGACUUGGUAACGCUGAGAGGGACAACUAAGAGAUAUCGGCUGGGUAAAUGGAACGGUUUAUUUUUUGGCGGUGGUCCACGCUUUCCUAAUGCCAUGUACAAUGUUCUUGUGGUUUUCAAACAAGAUAGGAUGAUAUCUGCAAAAGAGCUCGAUGACAGCCCGGCUGUCACAAGAAUAACUCUGGAUCCAUCUGGUACAAUGACACGCCAUACGCUCAAUGCUCAGAGACACAAAUGGAAUCGUGCCUUUACAGUUCCUCAAGAUACAUGCGACGAAUAUGGUAUAUGUGGUCCUAAUGGAAUCUGCAAAUCCAGAACUAACAGCCCAAUUAGAUGUCAGUGUUUCAAGGGAUUUGCUCCUAAGUUUCAAAGUUACUGGGACCUUCAGGAUUGGUCGGGUGGUUGCACUAGAAUUAAGCCGUUGAAUUGCUACGGUGGAGAUGGAUUUGUAAAGGUUGGAGGGGUGAAAUAUCCUGACAUGUUGAGUUUUUGGUUGAACAGAAAUAUGAGCCUUAGUGAGUGUAAAGCUGAGUGCUUGAAAAACUGCAGUUGCACUGCGUAUGCGAAUCCAUUCAUUACUAAUGGAGGAAGCGGCUGUUUGAUGUGGUUCAAUGAACUCAUUGACACCAAGGAACUUUCUGCAGCAGAUAGCAAGCAGAACAUCUAUAUCCGCAUGCCAGUUUCUGAACUAGAUUUGAGCACAGGUUUAGAGGAUGAGAAGGAGAAUAAAAGGCCUAUGAAGUUAAUACUGAUAUCAAUGGCUUCUGGUGUUUUCAUCUCGGCCUUUAUCAAUGGAGGCAUACUUUUUAUGGCAAGACUAAAGAGGCAAGUAAAAAGUAAAAAUGAGGACCUAGAAUUAACUGUCAUCAAAAUGGAGACUAUUGUGCAAGCAACAAAUAAUUUCUCAACGGAAAACAUGAUUGGGGUUGGAGGAUUUGGUCCUGUUUACAAGGGGAACAUGCCAUCUGGAGAAGAAAUCGCUGUCAAAAGAUUGUCAAGAUCCUCACACCAAGGUCUUGAAGAGUUCAGAAAUGAAGUUAUGGUGAUUGCAAAACUCCAACACAAAAACCUCGUCAAACUUUUAGGAUGUUGCAUUGAAGAAGACGAGAGGAUGCUAAUAUACGAAUACCUAGAGAAUAAAAGCCUUGAUCUUCUUGUUUUUGAUGAUGGUCGGAAAACAGUUUUGACAUGGCCUAUGCGUUAUGACAUUAUUAUGGGGAUUGCAAGGGGACUGCUAUAUCUCCAUCAUGAUUCCAGAUUAAAGAUUAUUCAUAGGGAUCUAAAAACGAGCAAUAUUUUACUGGACAGACAUUUAACUCCGAAAAUUUCAGAUUUUGGGCUAGCCAGAAUUUUCGAAGAGGAUCAGGCUCUAGCUCGAACAAAAAGGGUUAUAGGGACAUUUGGAUACAUGGCUCCUGAGUAUGCAAUUGAUGGGAAAUACUCAGUGAAAUCUGACAUCUUUGGUCUUGGAGUGGUUUUGCUGGAGAUUAUUAGUGGAAAAAAGAACAGAGGGUAUGAAGACACCAAUCACAAUGUUAACCUGUUGGGCCAUGCAUGGUUGCUUUGGAAAGAAAACAAGUGUUUGGAGUUGAUGGAUGGAUGUUUGAGGAAGACAUUUAGGGAGUGUGAAGUGAAGAGAUGCAUUCAAGUGGGGUUAUUAUGCGUUCAAAAAUAUGCGGAUGAUAGGCCUAUCAUGUCAUUAGUAGUGUCAAUGUUAGGAUCUAAUGCCGCAGUUUUGCCUGAACCAAAAGAGCCUGGAUUUUUUAUUCAAAGAAGUUCAAGCCCACCCGGAAGUUCUACAUCACCAAGUUUUAAGUCAGAGAAUACAAUCACUAUUACAGACUUGGAGGCCAGAUGAGAUCCCCAGUGUCUUCUGCUCUCUAUCUAUCUUUUUCUUUAUCUAUUUGAGUGGGGGAGAGAUUUCUGGUGACUCAGAAAUUUGCAAUCUUUAUUUUAUGUAUACAUUUGUAUAUAAAUGGGUAAUGGAUUCGUUA